UCUCUCUGAAACACCAUCCGCACCUCUCUCUCUCUCUCUCUCUCUCUCGUCUGCAACCAGUUUCUUCUCGAACUCAGAUCUCUCUCUCUCUCUCCAUGGCGGAGCUGGAUCACCUCAAAGCCGAGCGGAAUCACUGCCCUGCGCGAUUCAAGCUCUUCGGCUUCAACUUCACCGAAGAAGAAGAACCCGAACCAGCUGAGCUAGACCCCACGUCCAACAAGACGAGCCCUUCCCCGUCCGACGAGUCCGCCGGAGUUUCCUCCUCGUCCGCCGACCGGAAGUUCGAGUGCCAGUACUGCUACAGGGAAUUCGCCAACUCCCAGGCCCUGGGCGGCCACCAGAACGCCCACAAGAAGGAGCGGCAACAGCUCAAGCGCGCCCAGCUGCAGGCCACGCGCCACUCCGCUGUCUACGCCCACAACCCCAUCGUCUCCGCCUUCGCCCCGCCGCCGCACCUCCUCGCCGGCGCUCCCCCGCCGUGGGUCUACGUGUCCAGGGCCGCCGCGCCGAUCCACAUCACGCACGGCUGCGUGUUCACCGGCCCCGGCGGAGGUGCCGGCGGCGGCGGGGGGCCCGCACGGGGGCCCGGCGGCGGAGUCUGGGGUGUCGGGCCGGGCGGUGUUGAUGGGCCUUCGUUGAAUAGGUUCUCGAGAGGGGAUGGUGGGGCCAGCUUCGAUGAAGCGUGGGGCUUGGACUUGCACCUGAGCCUCGCGCCAGCUGCGCCUUAGAGAUCGGCGGCUUGAGUUUUGAGUGGCUGGCUCGAAGGGGAGAGGAGGGCGUUCACGUUCAGUCACCGGCUCGGCGAAGUUCACAUCGCACGGCCGGUUCGGUUGGAUCCGGCUUAAUCUUGGACGCUCGGCCCGGUUCAGAGGGGUCACGGACGAAUUGUAUCACUUAAAUCUGUUUGCUCAUGGAUCCGUUUGUAUACGACGCCCCUGAAGAAAUUCUCUUCGUAAGAGCAGGGAUUCUCUAAAAAGGUCGUGGUGAACGUUUAGCCAUAUUGGAUUAUUUUUACCAAACGUUGCAUGAAUUUUCUUACUAGGACGACAUGCACAUCUAGAAGAAAUUGAUUAUGUGAUCGACAUUUUGUACAUGUUAUUCAUCGGCCAUAUUUACUUGAAGCUUUUAUCGCGCACUACCCA